CCUAGUGCUGCCGGCCCCGCGCCCAGCCCAGUGCCGGGGAGAGGAGAUGGGCGCAGGACGGGGCGUCCCCAUGGCCCAGCUGGCCCUGCUAACCCUGCUGGCCCUGCCGGGCGCCGGGGCAGUGACAGUGGAUCACGUGACCUCCCAGGCGGAGUUCUACCAGCGCACGGACCGAUCCCAGCAGGAGUCCGGGGAGUUCAUGUUUGAGUUCGACCAGGACGAGACCUUCCACGUGGACCUGGAGAGGAAGGAGACCGUCUGGCGCCUGCCUGAAUUCAGCAAGUUCACCAGCUUCGAGGCGCAGGGUGCCCUGGGCAACAUCGCCGUGGACAAGCAGAACCUGGAGAUCCUGAUCAAGAGGUCCAACCGCACAUGGGCUGAGAACGUGCCCCCUGAGGUGACCGUGUUCCCCAGAGGCCCCGUGGAGCUGGGUGAGCCCAACAUCCUGAUCUGCUUCGUGGACAAGUUCUCCCCACCCGCGCUCAGCAUGACGUGGCUGAAGAACGGGCAGGAGGUGACCGAGGGCGUCUACGAGACCGACUUCUACCCCCGCCAGGACAACUCCUUCCGCAAGUUCUCCUACCUGCCCUUCCUCCCCAGCCAGGGCGACUUCUACGACUGCCGGGUGGAGCACUGGGGGCUGGCCGAGAAUUUCACAAAGCACUGGGAAGCCCAGGUGCCCACCCCCGUCCCCGAGACCACAGAGACCCUGGUGUGCGCCCUGGGUCUGGCCGUGGGCAUCAUCGGCAUCAUCGCGGGCACCAUCCUCAUCAUCAAGGGCAUGAAGAUGAACGCUGCCCGCAACCCGCGGGGCCCCUUGUGAGUAGCCGCUGCCCGGGGAGGGCAUCAGCCG